AUGUGGUACCAGCGUGACCAGUUUACGAAUUCGCAACUUCCCAUCUCCGACCUACACCUAAUCAGAGAACAGCACUCUCACCGUAUACAUAAUCACCCUGCCAGUGAGAAGUCUAAAACCCCCAGUGGUCAACGCCGAGCAUCGCCCGCCCUUCAAGUUGGUGACCUGGUAUAUAUCACUUCGGAUGGCUCCAAAACUCGUGCACGAGAUCGAUACUUGGUUGUGUCAAUUGAUGGGUCGUGGUGUAAUGUACGCAAGUUUGCUGGUUCCCAACUCCGAUCCUCGCCAUAUCGCAUCAAGUUAUCAGAGUGCUUUCUUGUCACCAACAAUUUCACUGCUCCACCUCCAAGUCCUCGUCUCCACCAACCUCACAAGUACACUCCAGCUGCUGAACCCAAGCCUCCCUGUCCACCUCGAGUCCCGGAAAAGUUAUCCCUUCCACCCUACAACGAUGAUUGUGUUUUACCCUCAUCUCACACCACUUGUUUCCCUGGUCCUGAUUACAAACAUUCCCCGUCUAACUCUUAUAAAGCUGAUGAGCUCACUACUAGUCUUCCUAGCCCCUGCCAGUCACCCUCCACCCCCGCUGCAUCCGAAGAUUCACCUGCCCCUCGACGCUCCAGUCGCCAACGCCAUUCUCCCGUUCACCUGCAAGACUUUGUUACAUAA